AGAUCGGACGCGCGGCGUAGGAGACAGCUGCUUUUGGACACGUUUUGGAAACAGAAGCUGCUCGACAGCAAAAAGGCUGCACACGAGAGGGAGAGAAAAAGAAUAUAAACACAACUUACUUUGCAUCACCUCUGCCGUCCAUUAGUUUGAACGCGUUAUUAAUGUUAUUUCGGGGGAGCUUUUGAGCGUCUCUCAAUCUGCUGGACAAGUUUGGCGGCUGAAGGACGCACCUCGGGACUUUGACGCAGACGUCUCCCUGACUUCUUUCUCCCUGGACAUGGGCGCAUCUGACGCCAAGCAGCGGUAGACGGAGAGCUCGGAGCCGCUGUCCUCUUUUUCCUCCUAUCUCUUGCAGAGUGGACCCACUUUUGAAAGAGCGUGUUUUUUUCUAGCUGGGCCUAAGGCCGACUUGUUUAAAGGACCUUUUUUUGCUUCCGGCAACAGCGAAGAGACCAAGUCUUCCUCCCUCAGCUUUCACUCCCUCUCUCACUUUUUUGGAAGCUGAACUUUUAAAGGAAAAUGGGGCAUUGAGAGGGUUGGCAGAUCUCCCCACGCUAUAAUGGCUACUGACACCUACCUGGUGAACGACGAUCCUACUAGAGGCCCAGGGAUGCCUGAAUGUUUCCUCGUAUCCGACACAUAUAGGGAUGAAUUCCACCCCUUCAUCGAGGCCCUUCUGCCCCAUGUCCGCGCCUUCGCCUACACCUGGUUCAACCUGCAGGCCCGCAAGCGCAAGUACUUCAAGAAGCACGAGAAGCGCAUGUCCAAGGAGGAAGAGCGCGCGGUGAAGGAUGAGCUGCUGGGGGAGAAGCCAGAGAUCAAGCAGAAGUGGGCCUCGCGCCUGCUGGCCAAGCUCCGCAAGGACAUCCGGCCUGAGUUCCGUGAGGACUUUGUGCUCACCAUCACGGGGAAAAAGCCCCCCUGCUGCGUGCUGUCCAACCCCGACCAGAAGGGCAAGAUCCGUCGCAUCGACUGCCUGCGCCAGGCCGACAAGGUGUGGCGGCUGGACCUGGUGAUGGUCAUCCUGUUCAAGGGCAGCCCCCUGGAGAGCACGGACGGAGAGCGGCUGGUCAAGUCUCCACAGUGCACCAACCCUGGCCUGUGCGUCCAGCCACACCACAUUGGAGUGUCCGUCAAGGAGCUGGACCUCUACCUGGCCUACUUCGUCCACACGCCAGAAUCUGGACAAUCAGACAGCUCCAGCCAACAGGGGGACACAGACAUCAAACCACCUCCCAAUGGGCACCUGAGUUUCCAGGACUGCUUCGUCACUUCAGGGGUGUGGAAUGUGGCGGAGUUGGUCAGGGUGUCACAGACUCCUGUAGCAACAGCAUCAGGUCCUAACUUCUCACUGGCUGACCUGGACAGCAGUCCCAGCUACUACAACAUUAACCAGGUGGCUCUGGGACGGCGCUCCCUCACCUCCCCUCCUUCCACCAGGUCUGAGGUGGAGUUGUACGCAAACCUUCCACGGAGCUCCACCAAGAGGAAGUCCUUAGACGACAGCGAGCUGGAGAGCCCCACAGAUGAUGUUUUCUACCCUGGCCGCUCGCCAGCUGCCAGCUCCUCCCAGUCCAGUGCGUGGCCCAAUGACAUGGAUGCAGUGCAGCACCAUUUGGCGAGUGUGCAGGAGAGGAAGAUAAAACAUGAAAACGAUGGCGUGCAGUUUCCUUACCAUGGACUGUCCUCGCCUGGUUCACUUAAGAAGCCGGGGAAGUUUGAUUUCAACGCCCUGACUUCCCAGACGAGGUCCCCCCGCAUGGCGUUCACACACCACCCGCUGCCUGUGCUGGCAGGAGUGAGACCAGGGAGUCCCCGUGCCUCAGCCUCAGCCCUGCACUUCCCCUCCUCCUCUAUCAUCCAGCAGUCCAGCCCGUACUUCACCCACCCCACCAUACGCUACCAUCACCACCAGGACCCGCUUAAGGAGUUUGUGCAGUUUGUGUGCACCGAUGGCACAGGACAGCCCAGUGCACAGCCUAAUGGAGGUGGCCAGAGCAAAAUGCCGGGCUCCUUCCUGCUGCCCCCGCCACCCCCGGUGGCGCGCCCUGUGCCCCUCCCCAUGCCCGACUCUAAAACCAUCAGCACGCCCACUGACGGUGGACUCAGCUCACCCGCAUCUCCGUCAUACUCCACGCCAGGCUCCACAGCUCCCAACCGGUUUGUCGGCAUCGGAACACGGGACAACUUUCUGAAUAUCCCCCAGCAGACUCAGUCCUGGUUCCUCUGACAAGGCCUCUCUGAAUCAACAGCUAAAAUUGUGUCAUGAAAAUUGGAAAUUUGAAAAGCAAACGCGUCACCGCUGAUAAAGAACAAACUGCUGACACUAAAAGGUCUUUCUCUCUCGCCAACACUAUUCAAAGUACUACUACAGAAGAACCCGAAAAACCCCACACCGCCCCAAGAGGACUCCCAAUUCAACGAUUUGAACAGGAACAUUCGUCCCCUUUUAUGCAGGAGGCUUCAAUGAGAUUGAGUGGACAGACUCAGAAUGCAAAGAGGAGGAAGAAGAUGAGGAACUGUCUCACACGCACCACGAAAUGUCAGAAAGGAAACACAAUAUGGCACCCUGACAAAUGACCAAUUAAACAUUUAUUAUUUCUUUUUUUAAUGAUAUAAUUUUUUUAUUUUGUUGUCUCCACAAUGAAACUCCAUGCAUUGGCUGGGAGAUCAAAAACGAACAAGUAGUGGUAGAUGGUGAUGUCGGAUGUGCAAGCUGAACAGAUUGCCACCCAAAUUGCACGCCUCCAUAUCUGUGUAUUUCUCUGCGCAUCUCUCCUCCAGGUACAUGAUCCCACCCGACACCCACCACCCCACACGCCCCGCCUGGAGCUCGGUGCUGCUCAGGGUCGAGACCACAACCACAGCCGCAUGCCUGCGUGUCGCCGCACUCUGCUGCUCGAGUCGCUCGGCCCUGAGCCUCUUUCAUUUCCCAUUGGCCAAUCGUGGUGACACCAUCCGAUGGUGUGACACAUAUGCACUAAGUGGCUGGUCUUUGUUUACCUGUCAAAGUAUCAGGGUGUCCUGCUGUGGGAGAAGCGAUAGCCAAGAGGCGAGUGCAAGAAAGCGAACACACAACAGACAGUCAUAACACUAACUCUACAUGUGCUCUUUCAUCCCCUCACCUAUGCACUAUUAAUUUUUAAUAAGGGAUGAACAGUAUUGCACAUUGAUGGUCAGACGAGCGAUCAGAGAAGUGAGUUGAGGCUGGUGGCCGCCGCAGGGAUGGGGCUGUGCUAACAUCUGAGUGUGGGCCCUGAAACAUGCAGCACUCAUACGCACACUCAUGCACACUUGCAGACAGUAAAUGCAGACCACCCUCUUCAGAGCAGUCUGUCACACAACCACUCAUAAUAUCAUCUCGUUUUCAUUCUCAGAUUUGGAAUUUACAGUAAUGCACACACAGCAUCAGCAUCAUAUUAUGGCUUUAAUUUGUUGUAGGUGUUUUCUUGCCAUUUUUUUUUCUUUUUUUGCCAGAUUUGGUUUUGGUUUUGUCUCACCUGAUUGUUUUAACCUACUCUUGCAUGUCAUAACAUUUUCCUUUAGUUUGCAGUAACACGCUAUCAUGCUCAGAUUUCAGUGAAACGGUGACAGUAGUUUCUCAAAUCUCUCACAUAUGGACAGCACAGUAACAACAGCUUAUCACAUGCAUCCCUUGCAUUGCUUCACCCACCCCGAAUCCCUUAGUCUGGUCACAGGAAAACCCAGAGGAGUAUACACACACACACACACACACACACACACACACACACAUAUAUUUCUAAAAUGCACACUAGCACCACCAACAACCUGACACAUAAGAAUAAAGGGAAGCCUUUAGAUUUGGUUCUCCAAACUGCCUUUGUUAAUGGUUUUUCAUUCAUUUAAAAUUUGUCUUUUAAUUUGCGAUAUUUUUCUAUGUAAAUGUUCACAUUGAAAUCGCUGUUGGUAUUAUUUUCAUCAUGACACAAUCCAACAAAAGCCGACCUCACAAAAUAACUGGACUGCCUAGCUGUUGGUUCUGUUUUGCAGGGAUAGUAAACAGGGCUGAGACCCUGUUCUCAGCCUCUCUAGUAACAUUAGCUCUAUGUACUAAAACCAUAUAUCAAGACUAUAACAAUAUAUGGAAGUGCCUCUGUAUUCCCUUCAUGCAAUUAGUAAUAAACUUGACUUCAGUUCUCUUCCCACAUAUAAGCUAAAGCCUACAGGGAAUGGUAGCGUUGGUGCAUGUGAAACCAUUGGCCUAGGACAGAUCUUAUAGAGGACUGCAAGCUUCUUUUUUUUUUGUAAAGACAGAGAGAGAGAUCUUUAUACAUAUAUAUUUAUGAUAUAUGCUCCUUUUUAACUUUUACUACAUGAGCUUGUUGGCAGUCUAGUUAUUUUCUGAACUCUCACCCCCCCCCCCCCCUCCCCCCCCCCCCCCCCCCCCCCCCCCCCCCCCCCCCCCCCCCCCCCCCCCCCCCCCCCCCCCCCCCCCCCCCCCCCCCCCCCCCCCCCCCCCCCCCACAACCCGUUUCAGUAACAUCACCUUACUGUUACCAGUACGAAAUCAAACGGACACAUGCCAUCGCCAUCUGCAGCGCAGCAUUAUAAUACCUAGAUGAACAUGUCAAAAAUCGACAGUAGGUUUGAAGAAAAAAAAGUGUUGUUUUUUGAUGGAAAGUAUUAUUAUUGAAAAAUGUGUGUCGAUUGAGCCACGUGCAAUGCAUUGGGUAGAUCAUUGUGUUUGUCUGUUAGAGAUUUUAAGAAAGCUAAGAGAAAAGAGAAAAAAAUGUAUUUGUUUCAAGUCCGUAAGCUCCGGGACUCUAAACUAGAGGGCCAUGAAAAAUCCUAGUCUUUGUAAGUUGGGGGUAUUUGUUUUUAUUUCCUUUGUCUCUUUUUUUUAAUGUUUUAUGUGUAAUCAUUUGUUUAUAAAAAUGUGGGAGGGCUGAAGGAAAAAAAAUCUACACAAUUUCAGAAAAAAUCUAUCAUCAGAAAAACUGGUGCUUUAACACUAUAAAGUACGUUCAGAACUAUUAUAAAUGAAUGAACAAAAAUAACUGACCAUUUAGGAAACAGCAUUAUUCCUCUCUCUAUUUGUAUUCUUCUUGUAUUGAGUAGGGGGAGAGGUUCCUAUUCCUUAAGGUUGUGACACAAAAGGCAUUUUGGUUCAACCUUUAGAAAAAAAAUACAACAAACCUUUACUGUCAAGCCUAAGAAAACUCUUCAGAUAAUUUACCCACGCACUGCCUGAAAACCCACCAGCAAAAACAAAACAACUCUCCCGAUUCAAUGAAUUUCUACCAAAUGCAUUGGCGUAAACACUUGACAAGUUCCUCCCUGUACUGUGGGAGAUGCUUCACAUCCAGAAACCUUUUUAUUCCCAUAUCAUCUCGAUAUGUUUCUGAAUCUUAGAGCUGAAUAGAGCCCACCAGGCUGUGUUGAGACACCUGAAGUUGAAGUGGACUGCGUCUUCACUUAAGACCUUCUGUACAGAUAACAGAAACGACAAAGGGGCAAAAGUAGCUGAUAAUCAGGCGUAAAUAUGAGGUCUGAGCCAUUAGGAAACAGGCAGCAAAGUGAGCCUCUCCCCUGUUCACCCCCUCCUCUGUAAAUGACUCUUAUAGUGCUUGUGCUGUAGUGUAUAGUUUCCCAGCAGUUAAAGGUUGUCCCUUGAAAGUG